AUGGCAGCUAAAAUCAUUGUCCUAGGCAGCAUCAAUUGCAAGUUUGAGUCAGUCUUCCAGAAGCUCGCGACUUUACACCAAAAACAAAACUUCUCCUUCGCUAUCAUUACGGGCAACCUUUUCAGCGCCGACCAAGAUGACGAUACUAUCUCGCGACUUCUUAACGGCGAGAUUCAAGUCCCUCUCUCAACCUAUUUUACCAUAGGGACGACUCCUUUACCAAGCCAAGUUGUUGAGCGCGUCGAGAAAGGCGAAGAUGUCUGCGAGAAUCUUCAUUUCCUCGGCAAGAGAAGUAUUACUAAAACGUCAGACGGAAUUCGAAUCGUAGCAUUGGGUGGUAUUCUCGACAAUACCAUUAUCGGCGGCCAGUCCAAGGAACAACAUCUUCCUCUACAUACUGCCGACGACGCCAAAGUGUUACGUGGUGCGAACGCAACUGAUAUACUGCUUACAACCUGCUGGCCAUCCAAGGUAUGGACAAACUCGAGCAAGGCUUUGACGCCUGAAGAGCAAUCCUCCAUCGCAAGCACCGAUGAAAUCGCCGAUUUAUGUGCUACUCUUAAACCACGUUAUCAUUUCUCAAUGUCGCCUACCGACUUCUUUUACGAGCGUGAGCCUUUCUUCCACCCACCGAGUAGCCCUGACUCCGACCAAAAGCCUAUCACGCGAUUCAUCUCGCUCGCCCCAUUUGGCAAUGCAGCUAAAGCUAAGGCCAUGUACGCCUUCAAUCUCGUCCCCGGAGAGGUACCUUCUGCGAUUCCUCCUGGCAGUACUAUCUCCCCAUUUAUUGUUAGGACCAAUACGAGAAAACGACAAAUUCCUACCGAUGACAGGGCUAAUGGCCACGAUCACCACGGCGGUCGUCGUGUCCGCCGUCGAAAAGAUCGGUCACCUCCUCCUGGUCCCGAUCGGUGUUUCUUUUGUCUUAGCAACACCGACGUAGACACGCAUAUGGUCUGUGCUAUAGGAGAUGACUCUUAUGUUACUACAGCCAAAGGCCCAUUGCCCAGUUCCGAUACAUUUGCCUCGUCUGGACUCUCUUUCCCAGGCCACCAGCUUAUCAUACCCCUUCCUCAUGAGCCCACUAUCCGUUCAAUGGGCGAAGAUGCCCAUAAGACUUACCAGGAAAUGGUGCGUUUCAAAGAAUCUAUGCAAGCCAUGGUGGCAACGCAAUCAAAGUUCAAAUUAGGCGCAGUGACGUUUGAAAUUAGUCGGCAAUCCGGUAUUCAUGUCCAUUGGCAAUUCAUACCGAUCCCUUCGGAACUGAUUCGAAAGGGCCUCGUCGAAGCCGGAUUUAAGGUGGAGGCCGAAAAUCGCCAAUUUCCACCUUUCGAAGAGACAACUCUAGAGUCUGGCAUUGACGAGACUUCCGACUUCUUUCGCCUCUGGAUUUGGUCCGACGAUAGCGACACCGGCAUCCAAAGCAAGGAAUUGGUGAUGCGCUUUGAUAGCAAUCUGCGCUUUGACCUCCAAUUCGGUCGCCGAGUUGUAGCGAAGCUCCUUGGCCUUGAAGACCGACUUUAUUGGCAAGAUGUCGUUCAGUCUAUCGCAGAGGAGACCCAGGACGUCGAGAAGUUCAAAGAAGCAUUUAAGCCUUGGGAUUUCACUCUAGCAUGA